GCAAUCAUGACGAGCGAUAGUAGACAUUGGUACAACGGAAUUCAACUGGAGGAGCUGCGCAGGGGCCACAAUGACUUCAAUUAUGUCGAGGACAAAAUGCACAAAACCAUCGGACACAGCGACGUCACCGGCUAUAACAUUAAGAAGGUGUACCGAAUCAACAAUAAAUACACGUGGCCCCGGUACGUGAAGCGCAGGGAGGAAAUUUUCAAGGACCUCGGCAGGCAGCGCGUGGAGGAGCGAAGACUUUUCCACGGCUCGCCCAAGGCCGACGUCAUCGCCAAACAGGGAUUCGACCGGGGAUACGCCCAACAGUCCGGAAUGUUUGGAAAUGGUGUGUAUUUCGCGGAGCACUCGUCAAAAAGCAACAACUACUCGUUCGGUUGUGGACAGCCGUGUCCGACGCACAGCAGAAGCAAGUGCAGCGAGUGCGUCCGCAUGAUUCUCAUCUGCAAAGUGGCCCUGGGGAAGAAAUACGAAACUUCCUUGACGACCGUGAACUCGCUCCCCAGAGGAUACCACUCGGUUAAGGCCAAUGCGGGAAUACGCCUCCAAUUCCCCGAGUACGUUAUCUACAAUGAUGACCAGGUGUACCCCAGCUACCUGAUCGAGUACACGACCAACUACUCCGACUCGUGCACAAUUUCAUAAAAAAAUAACCAGAGUAAUUAAAUGAUUGUGAUUUGUCGAAGUAAUAUUAAUAAAUAUUCUAAAACAAUAUUUUUCUACAUGAA